AUGGAGGCGCUGUUGGAAGAGCAUCUCACCGCUGUCAAGCACAUCCUGAGGUACAUCCGACACACUUCGGCUGGGCUGCAUGUAGACCAGGGAGAGGGCAUGGCCCGACUUGUUGGAUACAGUGACAAUGAUCUGGGCGGCGACAUCAACGAUCACAAGAGCACCUCCGGCACCCUGUUUCUCCUUGGCGGUGGUGCGGUGACUUGGCAGUCACAAAAGCAGAAAAUUGUGGCUCUCUCGAGCUGCGAGUCGGAGUACGUCGCCGCGACCGUGGCGGCCUGUCAAGGGAUCUGGCUCUCGCGGCUGCUCAGCGAAUUCAGAGAAACAGGGGCUGAUGUGGUGAAGCUCAAGGUGGACAACAAAUCUGCAAUCUCGUUGGCCAAGAACCCUGUGAUACAUGACAGAUCAACGCACAUUGAGCUUAGGCACCACUUCAUCAGAGACUGGGUGGAGACGAAGAAGAUUGAGCUCGAGUUCGUAGCAACAGAACAUCAGCUUGCAGACAUGUUCACAAAGCCGCUUGGGCGUGUUCGACUGCAAUAG